GUCCGCCACUGAUCUUCCCUGCGCACUUCCACUUCGCUACGCAAACGAGUUCCAAGAAAUACCCUGCUCAUUUUUCGCUCUCACAUCGCAGUAUAACCACCAUGCCGCCAUCCAAGUGGGAUGAAGAAGAGGAAGAGGGAGUUUCCCCUCCACCCGUUGCUGCUCGCCGUCGGUUUGAUGAUGAAGAGGAUGGAGAUGUCCUUGACUCCUGGGACGCCGCCGACGACAGCGAAGUAGAGCGUGAGAAGGCCGCGAAGGCUGCCGAAGCCAAAGCCAAAGCUGAAGCUGAAGCUGCCGCCAACAAGAAGAGCAAAGCACAGCGGAUAGCAGAGCACAAAACACGCCGCAAAGCCGCCGAGGACGAAGAGGACGACGAGAGUGACGAGGACGAGGCCGAGAAGCGCGCCCGCUUGCGCCGCACGGAAAAGGACUCCGACCUAAAGCACGCGGAGGAUCUCUUUGGCGACAUUGACCUUAACCGCAACCGGGGCAAGAACAAGACAAUUGUUGUGCAUGACGCCUCGGGCGACCCGACGCAGGCUGUAGAUCUUUCCGCGAUGCCCCUGUUCAAGCCGGCGACCAAGGAGCAAUUUACCACGUUGUCGAACACGCUUGUACCGCUUUUGACCGCGCAGAGCAAGAAGCCGCAGUAUGCACUCUGGCUGCCGGAGUUCGCCAAGCAGCUGGCCAAGGAAUUGCCUAGUGGAGAUAUUAAGAAGGUGGCUAGUGCGUUGACGACGCUGAGCAAUGAGAAGAUGAAGGAGGAGAGGGCAGCUGAUAAGGGAAGCAAGAAGACUAAGGCGGCUAAGACAAAGGUGUCGCUAGUUGCGUCGAGGAGUGACAAAAUUGAGACGACCGCUUAUGAUGAUGAUGGUUUGGAUGACGAUGAUUUUAUGUGAUUUUCUUUUCUUGCCUCGCAUUUCUUUGCCCUGCGCCUACCUACUUCGCUCAGUUGAAAGUCUAGGUUAUACAUUGACAAUCUUCCUGUCUAUUUUUGUAUAUCCUCUUCCGUUUGGGACAUAUUCCUUGUUUUAGUAUUUGCACUUAGCACUGCUCAGUUCGAUGGAGUUGUAUACCGGCUCUUGAGAAAUUCUUGCUUUUGUGCUUUCGCCCUUCGCUCGUCAGUAUAUAGAAGCAUUUCCUAGUUCAAUUCGCCUUAUUGGUGAUCAUGGGAAACCAUAUAUC